UCAAUCAAUUCAAGUUUUUUUUCUGAAUUUUUUUUUUUUUUUAAAUGGCAACACCAAGCUCAAGUCCCACAACCAUUGCAUUUUCCUACUGGUUUUUCACAGUCUGCAUGUUCAUCUACAACUCAUUUGGGGUAGUUGGUUCAGUUCAAGUUCCAGCCAUGUUUGUGUUUGGAGAUUCCUUAGUUGAUAAUGGAAACAACAACAACCUAAUCUCCUUAGCAAAGUCUAAUUACCUCCCAUAUGGUAUUGAUUUCUAUCAAGGCCCUUCUGGGAGAUUCUGCAAUGGAAGAACAACAGCAGAUAUGCUAUGUGAAAUGUUGAAGCUCCCUUAUCUGCCAGCCCAUGCAGAUCCUAACCCUAGAAAAAGAAUAAUUAGUGGCGUUAAUUAUGCCUCAGCGGCCGGAGGCAUCCUUGAUGAGACUGGCCAACAAUUAGGCGAGCGUUUUAGCUUAAGCCAACAGGUGCUUAAUUUCGAAAGCAACUUGAAUGAUUUGAGGAAUCAGAUGGGCCCAAAGAACCUAACCAAAUACCUGGCUACAUCCAUCACAGUCAUGGUCUUCGGCAGCAACGACUACAUCAACAACUAUCUUCUGCCAUCUUUGUACAAUUCAAGUUAUAUCUAUAACCCUAAGGACUAUGCUGACCUUCUCCUCAACCACUAUGCCCGCCAGAUAUUGGCACUUCACAGUGUGGGCCUACGGAAGUUCUUCUUGGCAGGAGUGGGCCCACUUGGCUGCAGCCCAAACCAAUUAGCAAUCUAUCAGGUCCCACCAGGCCGAUGCGCCAAUUACGUAAACGAGAUCGUUGGCCCAUUCAAUGAAGGACUCAGAUCGCUCGUGGAUCUACUGAACAGCAACCACCCUGGUGCAAUCUUCGUCUACGGCAACACUUACGGGGCCUUCGGUGACAUUCUCAACGGUCCUGAUACUUAUGGAUUCAACGUCACGGAUGAGUCAUGUUGUGGGGUCGGAAGGAACCAAGGGCAGAUAACCUGCCUACCCCAAUCAAUCCCCUGCGGAAACAGGAACGAGUACAUCUUCUGGGAUGCCUUCCAUCCAACAGAAGCUGCGAAUGCAAUCCUUGCUCAGAGAGCUUUCACUGGCCCACCGUCUGAUUGUUAUCCAAUCAAUGUCCAACAGAUGGCACUCAUAUAGCCAUGGAUUUCGCCCUUUCUUAUGUAUGUACAUAUGCAAGUGUAUGCAUCUGAGUCUCCACCAACCUCUUAAUAGGACCUAUGCAUAUAUGGCAUUGUUCUGUAUUUUGUGGCAAAUCAAGGUCUUGUAUUUGUCUUGGUUUUUGGGCUCCGCAGCAAACAUGGUGAGACACACAUGAUGAACGGGGUAGAUUUCAUAUACAUGGAACUGUGGGCCCCACAAAAGGGGUGACUCUGUCCAACUCGCCCAACUCAUUGGGCUGUAUCAGAAUCAGUACGUAUUAAAUGAUACAGACGUGGCUC